GGUUCAAAGUGGCUUUGGAAAAAAGCACAUUCUUUUUGUCUGAAAUCUCAUUCUUGGGAUACAUCGUCACAACCGACGGACUAAUGCCGGAUCUGAGGAAGGUGGCAGCGGUACAAGAAGCCCCAGCUCCGGUCACGCUCACUCAGGUUCGAGCCUUCCUAGGGUUGGCGUCCUACUACCGGCGUUUCAUCCAGGGGUUCGCCGGCGUGGCAAAACCUCUUACGAGUCUAUUAAAGAAAGAAGAGCAGCUGGUCUGGACGUCAGAAUGUGAGGAGGCUUUUCGGGCGCUCAAGAAGGCUCUGACAGCGGCGCCCAUCCUGGCCAGACCUGAUCCGACCAAACCGUUCGCCCUGCAUACGGAUUGGCAGCCGCAGGCGAUGUCAGCAGUCCUGACUCAGCAGGGGGCAGACGACAAGGAGCGAGUCAUCGAGUACGCAUCAAAGACCCUGAGCCGAGCGCAAUCCAACUACGAAGCGUGCAAAGGCGAAUGCUUGGCGGUGGUGUGGGGGAUUCAGCAUUUCCGACCGUACCUCUACGGCCAGAAAUUCGUGCUUGUGACAGAUCACCAGCCGUUGUUGUCGUUGCGCAACAACACGGAUUACACGGGAACAGUGGGGAGGUGGGCCGUGCGUCUGCAGGACUACGACUUCGACAUCCGUCACCGCGCCACUCGACAGCACGGAAAUGCCGAUGGUUUGACACGCCUCCAGCCGCCCAACAAGUGUCCCACCCAAGAGCGACUCAUUCCGUGGAAGCCAGAGCGAGCCCCGACGGAACCACGCUACGGGGAACUGCACCGUGUGAAGUACGCGGGCGUCUAUGUGGACAUAUCGCCAGUGCCUGGUCAGGAUUCCACGCGAGUGUUCAUCGAGUUCCGAGCCAUCCAGGUAGCAACGAACUUUGUGCACAGCGUCGCUACUUUCACCGAGGAUUUAACCGUCUUGCAAGGGCACGACCGGGAGCCGGCGUACAGGUUCUUGCGCGACUACGCCCUCCAGGUGGCUAAAUCGGUGGCGCGAGUGCAGGCGAGGGUCACCCAUCGCUUCACCGCAUACGAAGGACUUCUGCGGCGAGCUCCGGAAGGAGCACUUGCAUUGUUGCCGCCCGCUGACGAGGACGCAUGGGAGCUGCAUCGGGCGCUGUAUUCGUCGGUGGUGCUGGGCAUGUUUACGUUCUUCGUGGAGUAUGAAAUUCAUAACAUCGGCGAGUUUCUCUACGUAUAUUACGUAAUUACCAAGCCGAAGCUGGAGCGGAAGGAGGGAACGGUGGCGCUUUACCCUUUCGGGAGGAUCGGGACGAAUCGGUCGGGGCUCUUACAGCUCAUCCACACCGAGCUGUUGUCCAUUGCGCAGGUAAUCGCCGCCGAGGAAGAAGACCUGCAGCUUAGACUGCGGACCGCCUCCGCCCCGUGCAGAGCAUAUAACGUGGCAGUGAUACCUGAUUACCUGGCGCGCGAGGGAGAGUCGGUGGUGGACUUUGGGCGCGAAGACAAGGCGUUGCGGCCUCCAUCAUCGUAUCCGAAGCCGACCACCCUGAAGGCACCGAGAAAGAAGACCGUCCCGAAGCGGCGACGAAGUCCAUCGCCGGAGGCUCAAGGCAGUCGGGUGGGGCCUGUCGAGGAGGUUGCCCAGCCUGCGUCGGUGCGCACGGUCGAUCCGGUUCCCGAGAGAAGCGCCACCCUCAUCAUCGGACCCCGGUCGAGGGAGGACCGCGCAGCCGAAGGACCGUGGAGAUCCUGAGGCCAUCAGGAGCCGGCACCUCAGCGGCCCCGCCUCCCCGAUCUCAAUAGCAAUGAAGCCGGGCCAUCAGG